UUAAGAGGAGAGUAAUCAGGGUAGGCGGGGAUUUUUAGAACGGGGUAACACCCUAUUCUGAUUGGGUUAAAUAAUGUAUUUCUAAAACUAUAUAGCAAAUUUGUAGAUAGUUAUAAUAUUUGGGCAAAGUUGAAAUGCAAUUUAAAAUUUUGGCUCCAAACAAAAAGCCCUAAAAAAAAAGAAAGAAACUCGAAAAUUGAAAAAUGAACAGUUUCUUCUUCCGCUGAUCGGGGAAGAGAAGACGAAGAGAAAUGGCUCCGAAGAAAAAACCUCAGACGAAGAAACAAAGCAACAAUGAAGUUAUCUCUUCUUCAAUACCAAAUUCAGGCCACAAGAAACCAUCUAAAUCCCCAAAGCUUUUGAUUUCGCCGGAAAAUGAAGACCGUUUGCGACGGCUCUUACUCAACUUUCGCCGGACUCCUUCUCCGGUCAUGGCGUCGCUAUCUGUGACUCAGAAGAGAAAGAAACUCAAUAGUCUCUACGAGAAUCUCUCUUGCGAAGGGUUUUUAGAUGAUCAGAUUGAACUCGCUCUGUCCUCUCUUAGGGUCACUCUCGCAUUUGUCCGUACAUUUCUCGGUUUUUUUGAGGCGAUUCGUAAUACAAAGUGUUUGUUUUUGUUUAAGAAUGGAGCAACGCUUGAGACUUCACUUGAUUGGCUCUGUUUGAACUUGCCGAGUCAUGAAUUGCCAGUGAACUUUUCUAACGGAGCUUCUCGCGUUCCUACCACAGGACGCUCUGUGGCGGUGAUAUCGACCUCAAGGAAAGAUUGGAAUGUGUCUGCUGAAUCUGCUGAAUCAUCAGUCCAGGUUAAGGAGGAGGAUCCUGAGCCUGAAGUUUUAGUUAGAGUGAAGAGCAAGCGAGAUGAAGAAGAAGAUAGUCUUAGUUCUUGUCGAUCAUCUCAAGCUGAUUGGAUCCGUCAGUAUAUGAAAAGACUGGAAGAGGAAGAAUUGGAAUCUUCGGACGAUGAAGGAGAUAAGGUAUCUGGUCCAAGGCCUUUCGAAGUGAUUGCCAAAGACUAUUGUUUAGAAAGAUCUAAUGCUAUAAAAGCAAAGAGAAAGGGUGAUAAAAGUGGACAGAGGCAAGCAGGCCUAGCCAUUUGCAAGCUCAAGCAAGAGAUGAAUGCUCUUGGGCCAUCAGAAGCAAUAUUGGAAUCUGAGUUUCAGCGUGAUCGUCAAGAUUGUGAAGGCGCUAAAGAAAAAGAAGUAACCUUCCCCAUGCCUGAUGACGUUCAUGAGUCAGUAAAUGCUGAUGCUUUCUUUUUUCAGCUGUUUGAUGACUUGACCUUGGAUCCAAAUACUGUUGGGAGCUGUAAAUCUGAGGAAACUCAACCUAAAGCUCUUUCCUUAAGUUCUUCGGGGCAAGAAUCAGUUGUCUCGAAUGAUAGUUUAGAUGGCUUGGACCUUGGUGAUUUGUUCGUAGAAGAUGUUCCGCCUUAUGUACCUUCUUCCCAUGAAAUCCUGGAAUUACAGAAGAAGGAAAUUAUGAGAGAACUAUGCAAUGAGAAAAAUCUUACGAAACUAAAGGGUAUCUGAAAGAAGGGUGAAGCGCAAAAGAUCCCAAAGGCUUUGCUCCAUCAGCUGUGUCAAAGGGCAGGGUGGGUAGCACCAAAGUUCAAUAAAGUAACUGGGGAAGGAAGCAACUUCUCAUAUACCAUAAGUGUUAUGCGUAAAUCUAGUGGAUUUGGUAAAAGCAGACAAGCUGGGGGUCUGGUAACUAUUCAACUUCCUCAUCAAGUUGAGGAUUUUGAAUCCAUCCAGGAUGCACAAAACAGAGUUGCGGCAUUUGCUCUCCAUAAGCUAUUUUCUGAUUUGCCUGUUCACUUUGCAAUUACUGAACCUUAUGCCUCUCUAGUUUUGAUCUGGAAACAAGAGGAAUCGUUAGGUAUACCAACCAGAGAAGAAGAACGAAGAGCAAAAUUUGUUGAAAGCUUGCUUGAGGCAGACAAUUUCAGCUUGACCACUUCUUCGUGUGGCAUACAAAAUGCACUUCCAAUGGUAGACUCCUGUGUCAAAGAGAACGAUGACUUGGAUGUUGUCAAAUCUAACCAUAGAGCUAAAAGAAACUUUUCCAUGGAAACUGAAUGUUCUUCUCUCAAACAAAAACAAGAAAACAAGAAGAAGAUGCCGAAGUACAAGGAAAUGUUAAAAACUAGAGCUGCUCUUCCUAUAUCAGAAGUGAAGAAGGAUAUACUGCAGAAGCUUAAAGAAAAAGAUGUCUUGGUGGUAUGCGGAGAAACAGGCUCCGGAAAGACUACACAGGUUCCUCAAUUUAUACUGGAUGAUAUGAUCGACUCGGGGCAUGGUGGAUACUGUAAUAUUAUAUGCACACAACCUCGGGUGUUAGCAGCUAUCUCUGUUGCUCAAAGAGUUGCUGAUGAGCGCUGUGAACCUCCUCCAGGCUUUGAUGAUUCUUUGGUUGCUUAUCAAGUUCGUCAUCAAAAUGCAAGGAGUGACAAGACAAGGCUGCUGUUUUGUACUACAGGAAUUCUCCUGAGAAAACUUGUGGGGGAUAAGACCUUGAAAGAUGUUACACAUAUUAUAGUCGAUGAAGUGCAUGAGCGGUCUCUUAUGGGUGAUUUUCUUCUCAUUAUUUUGAAGAUCUUGAUUGAGAAGCAAUCCUGGGAUAAUGCAUUACCUAAACUGAAAGUUAUCCUUAUGUCCGCUACUGUUGAUGCACAUCAGUUCUCAAGAUAUUUUGGUCAAUGUCCUAUAAUUACUGCUCAAGGACGAACUCACCCGGUUACUACUUACUUUCUGGAGGACAUUUAUGAGAGGACUAAGUACCUUCUGGCUUCAGAUUCACCUGCUGCUCUAAGUUCUGAUGCAUCCAUUACAGACGAGCUUGGUUCUGUAAACGUCCGUAGGGAAAAGAAUCUUAUGUUGGCUGGCUGGGGAGACAGUUAUUUGGUUUCAGAGGACGGUCUUAACUCGUCUUACGAUUCCAGUAACUACGAAUCUUACAGUGACCAUACGCGAAAAAAUCUGAAAAGGUUAAAUGAGGAUAUUAUUGACUAUGAGCUUCUUGAAGAGUUGAUAUGCCACAUUGAUGACACUUGUGAGGAAGGAGCCAUUCUUGUGUUUUUGCCUGGAAUGGCAGAAAUCAACAUGCUACUCAAUAGGUUAUCUGCUUCCUAUCAUUUUCGUGGACCUUGUGGAGAUUGGCUUCUUCCUCUACAUUCUUCUAUUGCAUCUACAGAACAGAGAAAAGUGUUUCUGCGCCCCCCUAAAGGCAUAAGGAAGGUUGUCAUAGCUACAAAUAUUGCCGAGACCAGUAUAACAAUUGAGGAUGUGGUUUAUGUGAUUGACAGUGGAAAACACAAGGAAAAUCGCUAUAAUCCACAGAAGAAAUUGUCAAGCAUGGUGGAAGAUUGGGUAUCUAAAGCAAAUGCAAGACAAAGAAUGGGAAGAGCUGGACGUGUCAAACCUGGACAUUGCUUUUCAUUGUACACACGUCAUAGGUUCGAGAAGCUCAUGCGUCCCUAUCAGGUUCCUGAGAUGCUGCGUGUGCCUUUAGUAGAGUUGUGUUUACAUAUCAAAUUACUUGGCUUGGGUCACAUUAAGCCGUUUCUGUCCAAGGCUCUGGAACCUCCGAGUGAAAGUGCUAUAAACUCUGCAAUUUUAUUGUUGCAAAAGGUCGGUGCUCUUGAAGGGGACGAAGAGUUGACACCACUAGGACAUCAUUUAGCAAAACUUCCUGUUGAUUUGUUGAUUGGAAAGAUGCUGUUAUAUGGUGGCAUUUUUGGUUCCUUAUCACCUAUUCUCUCGAUUGCUGCUUUCUUGAGCUGCAAAUCGCCAUUUGUAUAUUCCAAAGAUGAGCAAAAUGUCGAUCGCGUGAAACUUGCUCUUUUGUCUGAUAAGCUGGAGAGUUCGAGUAAUUUAAACAACAAUGACAGACAAUCUGAUCACCUCCUUGUGGUGGUUGCAUAUGAGAAAUGGGUGAAGAUACUGCAUGAGCAAGGAUUUAAAGCUGCAGAGAGGUUCUGUGAAUCAAAGUUUUUGAACAGCUCAAUGAUGCAGACGAUAAGAGACAGGAGAGUAGAGUUUGGCUUUUUGCUUGCCGACAUCGGGCUCAUCAAUCUUCCUAAAGGCGAGGGGAGAAGGAAGGAGAAUCUUGAUGUUUGGUUUUCUGACAAAACUCAACCUUUCAAUAUGUAUUCACAAGAACCUGAAGUUGUUAAGGCUAUUUUAUGCGCGGGACUAUGUCCUAAUAUUGCAGAGGGAUUAGUUAACCGUUUAACAAAGCCAGCAAAAGAAACAGAAUGUUAUGCAGUAUGGCAUGAUGGCAAAAGAGAAGUCCAUAUCGAUCGAACCUCUAUAAACAAAAACUGCAAAGCGUUUCAAUAUCCUCUCAUUGUGUUCCUCGAGAAGGUCCAAAAAAACAAAUUGGUAUAUCUUCAAGAUACAACAGUUGUUUCUCCAUUUUCCAUUCUACUUUUUGGCGGCUCAGUCAAUGUUCAUCAUCAGAGUGGAUCAGUAACCAUUGAUGGGUGGUUAAAGCUAACAGCACCAGCUCAAACCGCGGUUUUGUUCAAAGAGCUACGACUAACCCUCCAUUCCAUUCUCAAAGAUCUUAUCCGAAAACCCGAGAAAUCAGGUAUAGUCCAUAACGAAGUCGUCAAAGCUAUGGUCCAUCUUCUUAUAGAAGAAGGCAGACCGCAACACUCAUGAACUUAAUAUUGUUCCACGAAAUGAAGAUCGGAUUGUGUGUAAAUUAGAAAAUAACUCUUUAUUUUAGUAACUACUAUUUUAUGGAGGUGGAUUCAGAUCAACGGUGCUCAACUAUCUAAAUAUUUCCUCGAUUGUAAAUUAAGUGUCCUUAUAGAAUUGUUUUUUGUAUCACAAAUAGUGUUGUUGAACAUUUUCGAUGCAAAAGUUAGAAGAU